AUGGGGAAGCCUGAAGUGACAGGAAAUUCAAAAAGCCUGGAUGUCUAUGGCGUCUAUAUCAUCAAUGUAACAUGGUCUGACCUGACUUCCCAGAUCAUCUACCGGAGAUACAGCAAGUUCUUUGACCUGCAGAUGCAGCUUCUGGACAAGUUCCCUAUUGAAGGAGGCCAGAAAGACCCCAAGCAAAGAAUCAUCCCUUUUCUACCAGGCAAGAUCCUGUUCCGGAGGAGCCAUGUCCGAGACGUAGCUGUGAAGAGGCUGAAGCCCAUUGACGAGUACUGUAGGGCACUGGUUCGGCUUCCUCCUCACAUUUCACAGUGCGAUGAAGUCUUCAGGUUCUUCGAGGCUCGCCCAGAAGACCUUAACCCUCCAAAAGAGGAUUAUGGAUCUUCAAAGAGAAAAUCAGGUGCUGAUGCUAGCUCUGAACCCAUGAUCCUGGAGCAAUAUGUGGUGGUGUCCAACUAUGAGAAGCAGGAGAACUCUGAGAUCAGCCUCCAGGCUGGAGAGGUCGUGGAUGUCAUAGAGAAAAACGAAAGUGGUUGGUGGUUUGUGAGCACAGCAGAGGAGCAGGGCUGGGUCCCUGCUACGUACCUGGAAUCCCAAAAUGGAACCAGAGAUGACUCUGACAUCAACCCAUCCAAACUUGGGGAAGUUUCUAAGCGACGCAAGGCUCACCUGAGACGCCUGGACCGGCGAUGGACGCUGGGCGGGAUAGUCAACAGGCAGCAGAGUCGAGGUGAAUUGAUAGCUUUCUACAGCACCAGCCCCUAA